AUGCGCCUCUUUCUCUUUCUUCCCGUCCUGCUCGCAGUUUCCCCCAUUCACUCCAUCUUCAUCGAACGAGAGGAAAGUUCCUCUGCGAGUGACUUCGAAGACUUUUUCGACGGUCGCAGUGGAAGUGAUCCCGAUGCUCGGCGGAUUGCCGAUCCGGCAGAUCCGCCGAGAACCGCACAAGAAAUGAUGGCCCGAUUCAACGAGAGAUUCAUGAGAUUUCUGGCGUGGAAGAAGUUGGAAGAUUGGGACAAACUGAUGGAUCUGGUGGACUCGGACGCGUACAUCGAGACGUGCAUGGAGUCCUCUUACAAACUGAACAUGAAGCAGUUUUACAAGUGGAUGUCUUAUUUGAACAGUUACUACGUGGAAGUCGGAGUGAGUGGGGACCGGAAAACGUUGCUUGAGUACAGGUAUUCCAGUUGAAAGGCACAAAAAUGACCGGCUGGUCGGACACGGAUGUCACCACCGAACUAGUCUAUCGAACUGAAGUUAGGGGAGGCGUAAAGGGAUAUGACACGUGGAUCAUGUCGGCUUCCUUCAACACGCGGAAAGGACAUUUCAUGGUAAACACUCUGAACAUGAUCUCCGACUGCAAGAGCAUUCCCAGCGAGCCGCCACUCGAGCCCGCUCUUUCUUUGGAUACUUUUCUGAAGCAUUUGAGAACAAAGUGAGUGUUGGGCCGGUCCAAAGAGAUUACGGUAUCGUUUGAGGUUGGUCGAUGACAUAUUUCUGAACGAAGCCCUCCGAUACAAGUCCGCCUACGAAUCGAUGUACGAGUACCUGAGUCCUGAUGCCGAUAUCAAUGCAUGUGACGUCGGACAAAUGAACCCAAGUAUUAUGAUCACUUCGCUAAUUACCAUAACUUUUUAUAUCUGCAGGCCAAUUCGUUGAUUACUGGAACAAACGAUACGGAAAAAUUCAGGUUUACCAGGUUUGUAACUGUGAAAUUUUCAGAACAUAUUGCUAAUUUGCUCCAGAAUCAUACAUAUUGGAUUACGAAAAACGGGAAAGACGCAAUUGUUGACUUUGCCUUCAGAUACCACGGAUCCGAGAGAAGUUAUAUCCGAGAAAGCUACCGUUUCCUUAUUCGCAAGGUAAUAGGACUGAUAUUAUGGAAGAGAUAUUUGAUUUCAGUACGCACAUCCUGAUGUUGAGUACUUUGAGAGCUUCAAAGAAUGGAGAAUCACGACGGUUCGCCAGAAUUGCACGGAGAGCUUGACAAAGUUUGACACAUUUGGAGAGACACAGAUAGAAUUGAUUGAGCAUUUCAGAAUGGCGAAAUACGACGCUGCACUUGAAAAGAUGUCCCUGGCUGCCCGUCGCUGGACCCAAUUGUUCGACGCGGGAAUGAAAUGGGACACCCAUCAAGCGUUCAUCGAACUGUUCAACUCGCAGCACUUCAAGGGAAACGACUGUACGAAGGGGAACUUUAUUUCAUUCCGUCAGUUGAAUCAUCCUUCUGACGCAUCGCGAGAGUGUCCGUUUUCAGAAGAUUUUGUCGGAUGGGCUGAUGAAAUGAGGAAGAAGUACAAGGUAUCGAGAGUCACAGCGUCGGAGCUGACUGAUUACAAGGAAGCGAACCUCUCGAUUAAGCUGGCUGUCGUCAUGACUGAAAACAAUAACAGCACUAGCGUGCAUAAUGUGUUCUUGGGAGGUUAUUGGUCCACGUGGGCACUGGUGAGUGGACUGAGAUCCUCCGGUGCUCAAACCGUUUUUUUUCAGGAUGAGGCAUACUGGAGAUUCUCGAAUCUUGGGUACUCCUGCGCCGGCGCCUGA